AUGGCGGCCCCACGAAUGUCGAUCAAGUUCCUGGGCACUUCGUCCAUGCCCAACUCGACCAGGAACUACUCUUCUCUGCUCUUCAAGCUCGACAAUCACACUGUCAUGGUCGACUGCGGCGAAGGGACUCAGCGUCAAUUCCGCUCCAGAUACGUAGGCGUCGAUGAACGCCUUGCCAACCUCAGGACGAUUCUCAUUACGCACCUCCACGCCGACCACGUCCUUGGUCUCGUUCCCCUGCUCAUGUCUAUGAUGGGUCCCACAGGCGCUUCUUCCGCACCCGAAAGCUCGACACCGCGCGUCGAGAUCUACGGGCCACCCGGACUGCGCGCCUUGGUAAGAACCACGCUCUCCCUGUGCUACUCGCAGCUGAGUGGCAAGUACGUCGUGCACGAGUUCGUGUGGCCCUCGCAGGAUCAAAUUCCAAACGGCUCACCUCAUGCGCUCAGCGAUCAACCCGAGCGCGUGAUACCCAAAAUACCGCUACACGACGGCGAAUCCAGCGCUGGACGAGAUCUGACCAUGGAUCUGCGUUCAUUCAGCUGGCCCAACUUCCUGUCGCUCAAGACACCAGGCCAUGGACCGGCAGUGCGAAUCAGCGCUGCUCCCAUCUCGCACCGAUGUCCAACACUUGCCUACGUAUUCGAAGAGGAGCCAAGAGCAAAGCCGCUCGAUCCUAGCGUCACAGAGGCAAUCCAACGCAACGCUGCCGCUCUACAGGAACAGCAAGGCAUUCGACACCCCCUCUCGCUUCUUUCCAGACUCACCACCAAACGUCAGCAAGUGCAGCUACCAGAUGGAACGAUUCUCGAUCCACCUGCGCUCAGCUUGCCCGGACGAAAGGUGACCGUCAUGGGCGAUACCAGCGAUGGGACCGGCGGAUUUUCAGAGGCGCAACUUCGAGCUGGCUAUGGAUUGCCGGCACUUGCCUACGAUUCCGACGUCCUAGUUCACGAGAGUACCAAUAUUGCACUUCCAGCGCAUCUCAACAAGAACGGCAGGCCUGACUCGUUGGAGGAAGUGGCAGCGAAAGCGAAAUCGCGCGGACACUCUGUUCCUCAAGUGGCAGGCCAGUUUGCUGCACUGGUGAACGCCAAGCGGUUGAUUCUGAAUCACUUUUCGACAAAGUUCCCGAGCCCACCCCACUAUCUGCUUGACACAAGAGGUACUCGGGUGGAAUCAGCUCCGGUGCAAGACGAGAGCCAGCAAGCACCUCGAGAUCGACAACUGGGAGAUCCAGAGCGAAAAGCAUUGAUCAUGAAGGAGUUCGAGGUGCAGGCCUAUCGCGCCUGGCAACAAGCUGUCGGCAGGGAGGCGCAGCUCGAAACGUAUUCGGCGUUUGACGGCUUCCAUUUCGAAGUGCCUCCGCGACCUGAGGACGAUGGAUCGAGGGUGGUGGGCGACACGAGUGCCUUUGCCAGACCAUGGGAGCAGGGACCAGCGAUCGACGCAAGCAACGGCCUCAAGAGGAAACACAACCAGCAAAGCUCCGACAGCACCUUUGACGAAACCGCGUGGGAUCCCUCCCCUUUUCUGUUGGCAUCGUCGCGGGAUCGUGUGCCGCGCUACGCGAUGGUGUUGCUCAACUCGCCAAUCGACCCGGGUCAGAUCGGACACUUUCGACGCCUGUGGAGCUCGGCAUCGCUUCGACUGUGUGCGGACGGCGCAGCGAAUCGUCUGGUGGAUUGCUUCGGCGCAUCAGCAUUCGAGGAACAGGAUGGACAGGCCUCAGUGCCGCUGCCGAACGCUAUCGUUGGCGAUCUCGACUCGAUUCGACCAGACACGCAGCGUUUCUUUGAGUCCAAGGGGGUUGAUGUACACGUACGUCCAUCGCAGUACGCCACGGACCUGCAAAAGACGAUCCAGGAAGUGGAAGAUCAAGAGGAAGCUUUGGGGGAUGGCGAGGAGCACACACUCAUCAUCUUUGGGGGUCUCGCGGGACGGCUGGACCAGAGCGUACACACGCUUCAUGUGCUCUGGCAGCUGGCGCCCGGGACUGAGGAGCUGGGUAGCGUCACGGAUCCUGACGGAGUCAACGAGAGAGGCAAUCGAUUGAACAAGCGUCAACGAACGUUUGCCAUCGGAGACGGGAGUGUAGCCUGGCUGCUGCCCAAGGGCAAGCACAAUCUCAAGAUGUCACGGCACGUGAUGGGAAAGACGUGCGGCAUACUGCCUCUUGGUGUAGGGAACAGCGGUGCCACAGUGUCGACAAAGGGAUUGGAAUGGAAUCUGGAACGAGACUCGACCACGCUGGGCGGGUUCUUGUCGACGUCGAACCAUCUGGCGGACGAGCAAGGUUCGGUGGAGGUGGAGAACGACGAGCCGGUGUAUUGGACUGUAGAGCUUCGUCCUGAUGAUGCGUGCAGUCUGUAG